GUGCUUCGCUCGCGAUGUAAAACAUAUUGGCACGUUUGCUUUGCUGUUUUCUUUCUUACUUUGCCCCUUCCAAACGAACGAAGCGAUAAGAAUAAACGGAUUUCCAGGAAAUUUUAAUAGAGCAGAUUGAAGUGUGGCUGUGUAUUCCGAAAACCAUUUGAGAUAGUGCAAGGUCAAUACAUCGACGUGAAUAGCGUAUAAAUUGAAGAAUUAGCUGCUCAGUCACACAGCAGUCAUUGAGCGGUGAAGUUGCAGCUAGAAUCGAAAGAAAUCAUUUUUCUGUUCAUUCUCAAAUAAACUGGUUCGAAGGUUUGAUCCUAAUCCUAGUUGACGGCGCAUCUUUUUUCUUAAAAGUAACAUCACCAUCGUGUGAAAUAGAACAAAACAAACAGUUGCGAGUUUGACGUUGCGUUUGUCGCAUACGCAUUUCAAUCUGUCAUAGUUGUCAAGCUGUCUAGAUUGAAAUUGACAAUUGACAAUGUCUUCAAAAGUGGUUGCAAACGCCCGAGCACUUCAAAUCGUCGAGCCAACCGAUGAUCAUUCAUUUGUACUGAAAAUCGAUGCACUGGAAACGAUUUUAAACGCAGAAAGUAUUCGAGAUCGUCAUGUAGUCGUGGUUUCUGUUGCUGGAGCGCUUCGACAAGGCAAAAGUUUCCUGUUGAAUUUCUAUUUACAAUAUUUGAAUGCUCAGUACAAACGGAAAGAUGCUAGCCAAUUCCUCGGAGAAAAUUUGCGCAAAUGUUUUUCUUGGCGUAGCGGUUGUGAUAUCCCAGAUACAAUUGGCAUUCUGAUUUGGUCGGAGAUUUUUACGCACGAUUCCGAUGAUGGCGAAAAGCUGGCGAUCAUUUUGAUGGACACUCAAGGGUCAUUCGAUAGCAACAGCAGUGUACGUGAUUGUUCAACCAUAUUUGCGAUGAGCGCAAUGCUUUCGUCGGUUUUGUGCUACAAUCUAAUGAACAACAUUCGCGAAGAUGAUUUGCAGUACCUUCACUUGUUCACGGAAUAUGGAAAACUAUCGCUGGACGAAUCUCCCGAAGAGAAACCAUUCCAGGUACUAUUGUUCGUUGUGCGCGACUGGCAAUUCGCAUAUCAGUACAAAUUUGGAUAUGUCGGUGGAGAGGGAGUGGUUACCAAACGUCUUGAGAAGAACAACAAACAAACUGAAGACAUGAAAAAACUACGAGAUCAACUGAAAUCCAGCUUUGAACACAUUCGCGGCUUUUUAAUGCCACAUCCUGGCGACGCUGUUACACAAGAUGAAAAUUACGGUGGACAAAUAAGUUUGAUCGCAGCCCAAUUCAAAGAUGCAUUGCAGGAACUGGUGCCAAAUAUAUUAGCCCCGGAAAAUCUCAUCAUUAAAAAAAUAAACGGCCGAAAAGUGCGUGCAAAGGACUUUAUCCAGUAUCUAAAAUCGUACAUGGCGGUUUUCAAUGGCAAAGAUAUGCCAGAGCCAAAGUCAAUUUUCGAAGCAACGGCUGAUAGUUACAAUAUGAUCGCAUUUCUUGAUGCCAAAUCCAAUUAUGUACAAUUGAUGACAAAAUCAUUGAAGGGAACAAGUUCAUACUUCACCAAUGAUGAGCUGCGAAAACUGCACCUUCAGCAAAAAAGUCUUUGCAUUGUUCAGUUUAAUAGCAAACCGAAGCUGGGUGGAGCCACGAUUGCGGAAAAGUAUUUACGAAAACUCCAGGAUGAAAUCGAAAAAGAGUACAACAUCCAAACUGUCCUGAAUGAGGCGAAGAAACAAAAAUAUAUUAAAGCGCAAGAAGUGAAGAUUUCAAAGGCAAAAGAUGAAGCUGUCACCAGCUACAAGAGUAUGUUUGAGAAAGAAUUGGCCGGUACAGCAUCCUAUCUCAGCGAAAAUAGUAUGAUCAGCCAUCAUGCCCGAAUUAAGAAGCUUGCGAUUGAUCUGUUCAAUUCAAAGCUAAGCAAAGAAGAUACUGAGAUCGCCAGAGAGAUCAUGAAAAAACUGGAAAAUGAAUUGGAAAGCGCGUACCUUCCAUUCAAAUCGAAGAAUAGCGAGAAGGAAAAGGCGGUUUUGAAACAAGAAAAAGAAAAGGAGAGACUUGUAAAAGAGCAAAAAGAGAAGGAGUUAAAAGCCACGGAAGAGGCACUCAAAGAAGAACGUCGACGGCGUAGCCAAUCGUUUGCCGACUCUGGAUUCUAUAGUCCGCAACGUUCGUACAGUCCACAAUCUUCGUAUUCGUGCUACAGCCCAACGCCACAAUAUUAUAGCACACCAAUUUCAGGUCGCAGCUCCGUUGCAUCAUCGUACUGCUCCAGCUCACCAUCGGCAAGUGCCAAUUGGUCAUCAGGUGAAAAUGCAUCCUUGUCGUCCGUUUUUUCGAAUACUGGCAGAGAUUUUGCACGUGCUGCUGAAAUAUUCAAUAAUUCUUCGGCUUGUUCAACUCCAAAAACUGCAGCCCAAAUGCGGAACAAGUAUUACAAUUCCAGAUAUCACAAAAACUAAGUGGCACCAAAUUAUUCUUUUGAGUUCAAACCCGAUUAUUUGCAAUGGAAUACCAGAUACCUUUUUUUUCUUUUUUAGUUUUAGUGAAAUUUUUCUUCAAAAAUCUAAUAAAAAUGUUGGCUUUAUUUUUAUAUCAGUCUUGGAAAAAAAUCAGUGUUUCUUUAAGAUUAGACGUAAUAGGCGUGUUCAAAUAGAAUAACAAUGGAGAGUAAAGAAAAAUUUAUCGAGUGCAACUGAUGUGGAUAUUCAUUACUAUCAGUUCAUUCAAAUGGCGAUCAAUAAUGACUGUUGCUGUCCAAAUUUGAAUUGCUGAGUGUAUAUGCGCUGUUUGUGUUCAAUAAAGAAUUUCCGAAAAAUAAACAAGUGAGAAAUGGUGCACAUGCACAUGCACUUGAAUACAAUUUCACUCAAGUCAGUGUAAACAAAUGAAGUGGUUAAACAGAUCGAUCUAGUUUGCAGUUUGAAUCAAGUUUGUAAGUCCAAUCAAAGCCAUUGAUUGUAUCAAAAAGACCAUUAAACAGUCAAACUUAAUGAAA